CUCAUCAUCGUCCUGUGCCUCGCUCCGCUUUCAAUGCCGCUCCCUCAGAAACACUCUUUUAAUGCUUCCUUCGUACUCGCCUCUGCUGCUCCACCGCUCUUUGAUUCUUCUCGCCGUUUGUCUCAUCGUCUUCGCUGCUGCUGGUUUCCGCCUCAGGUGGGUAGCGGUGUAAAGGCGAUCGUGGUGUUGGGGAAGUUUUGAAGGUAUAGGUGUGGCGUUGGAGGGGACGAUGGCGAAGAGUUCGUUCAAGCAGGAACAUCCUCUGGCAGAGAAAAGGCAGGCGGAGGCUUCAAGGAUUCGUGACAAAUAUCCCGACAGAAUCCCAGUGAUUGUGGAAAAGGCAGAGAAAAGCGACAUACCAGACAUCGAUAAGAAAAAGUAUCUUGUACCAGCUGAUUUAACAGUCGGACAGUUUGUAUACGUCAUAAGGAAGCGCAUUAAGUUGAGUUCCGAGAAGGCCAUCUUCAUCUUUGUGAAGAAUGUUCUUCCUCCUACAGCGGCUAUGAUGUCGUCAGUUUAUGACGAACACAAAGACGAGGAUGGAUUCCUUUAUUUCACUUACAGCGGUGAAAAUACUUUCGGAGAUUGUGUUGCUUGUUAGGUGCGUGGGCAUCUCCUUCUGCGUAAUGACCUAUUCAUGCAUAACUGUAUAUUGAAUCAACAGUCACUAGUGCCUUGUUAGAUUUCUGCGGUGCGUUGUCAUCAGCUCGUUACAUUCAGCAGACUCUAUUCUCGGCACAUGCGCUAUGAGUAUUCAGUGGUCUUUUAUGUGUUGUUUGUUGUCCUGUGGAACGAAUUGUCUUUGUAAAUGUGUUUCCCAUGUACAGCAGCGGACAUGAAUUUUCCACACUUACACUUAUGUACAUAUAUAUGAAUAUUAAUAUUUAUAUAUAAUCUUGUAUUUACUUCCAGCUUA